AUUCAUGUCAAUUCAGUUUAUUGGUGUUAACUCAGUUAUUCGGUCGCAAAAUCGGGACAAGAAAACGAAAAUAGAUUAAAUAUAAAAAACUAAAUACCUAUACCUAUGUAUAGAAAAAAAACAAAGAAAAAUCUGUAUGAAUUUGAAUAAAUUUUUUCAUUUAUGAUUUUUUUAUUUUUGGUGUGAGAAAUACAAAAGAAUCUAAAGUGAACUGCUGUGAGUAAAUGUGUAUCUUUAAGGUAUAAAAAAGUCUAGGUACUAAAUCCACAUGUAGAUACUGCACGGCUGAGAGAGUUAAUUUUCUACGACGGUUGGUAAAAUUAUCACAAAAAUAACAAAAAAAACUAAAGUGUUAAACAAAAUAUCAAAUAAAUAAUAACAAAAUCAAUAAAAAUAUAAAAAAUAAUAUACAAGAAAAAAAAAUUAACCAACAUAAAAUUAUUAUUUAAAGAAAAAAUAAGAAAAAGUGUGUUUGUUAGUUAAUUUUAACAUUUGACAUUUAAAAUUUGUGGAGAACGACACGAGCAAAUACAAGUACAGCAGCAGCAGCAGAAAUCUUUAAUACAACAAAGAAGAAUAGACCCCCUACACUUGCAUCUCUUCUUCUAAAAUCUUUAAAAAAACAAGCAACAGAUGCAGUAGUAGUUAGUAGAUGCCACAACAAUAUUUAAAAAAUAGAAUUGCAAACUGCGAAUGAGUUAAUAAUGACUGGAAAGAAACCGGAAAAGUCCGGUCAUUGUAGCUGCUCAACGGAUCAACAGUAUGUGAAUCCCUCUUUUGAACAGGAUGGUAAUGUUGGCAGUGUUGCUGGCGCCAUUGGUAGUCUUCCUUCGACAUACAACAAUAGGCGUCCUAGUGGAAAUUUUGCCCAUUCACUAGAUGGCGGAACUGGAGGUGUCAAUACAAAGGAUUGUACCUCAAACGACAGCGGAUGUUGUGCAAUGCAUAACAAUUCAAAUAGUACUACACAUCGCAAGGGUCACAGACGUCAAGAGUCAAUGUAUCAGAUGACUGGUCUCUACUCGGAAACAAAUAGUGGUGAUGACAGCAGCAUCGAUUUAGCUGAAGAUCACUUAGGAAAUACAAAUGCAAUUGGCAGUACAGCGACAACGACGACGACGACGAAAUCGUCGACGAUGCCGUCAACCAAUGCAACUGUGCUUGCAAAUAAUGCCCGCAAUUUACAUGCUAAGACGUCCUCCUGCUCUGAUACCGUUAUCAAGUGCCACAGCCGUCAGUCGUCGGCUGUACUUGGUAAUACACAGCAUAAUCAUAGCAAUUUGCAUGGUGGUCAACACAAUGCAACCAGCAAUAACCCUACAUGUGGCCUUAAUGAUGACGACGACGAUGACUUGUGUUCACAAGACUGUGGCAUAUUGGGAUGUCGUCCAGGGGGCAUACAGAAAUUUGCCCGCAUUAAAAUAUUCGUUCUAUUGCUAUCCAUGUUGGUCAUGCUGCAACAGGCUCUAAGUUCGGGUUAUAUUAAUUCCGUGAUAACAACAAUUGAGAAACGUUUCGAAAUACCCUCCAGUUAUUCGGGACUAAUAGCGUCCAGCUAUGAAAUUGGUAAUGUCAUCACCGUGAUAUUUGUCAGUUAUUUGGGUAGUCGUCGUCAUAUACCGGUAUGGAUUGGCAUUGGUGCCGUUAUUAUGGGUAUUGGAUCAUUGGUGUUUAUGGUGCCACAUUUCACAAGCGAACCCAAUCCGGGUGUUUCCAUUGCCAAUGAAACCAGUGACAAUAUAUGCCGCAGUGCUUUAGUGCGUAAUCAAGAUAUGGAUUUGGGCAGACUUUCGAGUGGUCUAUCAAAUCCUCCUUUGGCACCACACACUCUGCGCGAGGAUAAUUGUCUCGAGGGCAAACUAUCAACAUUUGGCCCAGUGCUGUUGUUUGUCAUUGCCCAAUUGUUGUUGGGUUGUGGUGGCAGUCCUUUAUUUACUUUGGGCACGACAUAUGUUGACGACCAUGUCAAGACGGAGAGUUCUUCCAUGUACAUUGGUUGCAUGUAUAGUAUGGCGGCUUUUGGUCCCGUUGUUGGUUUUCUACUAGGUGCAUAUUUAUUAUCAUUUCACAUGGAUUCGCUUUCCUCUUCUAUAAUUUCCAUUGAUCAAGGAGAUCGUCGUUGGGUUGGCAUGUGGUGGGGUGGCUUUCUAUUGUGUGGUGUUUUGCUGCUAAUUGUUGCAAUACCAUUCUUCUCAUUCCCCAAGGUCUUAACACAUGAAAAGAAGAAAAUGCGCAAAGCUUCUGUGGUAAUACAGCCAGCUGUACCCAAUAAUUCCAACAGCUUGCCUCGCAAUACCGAUGAAACGGGUAAAAUUAAAAAGGAAAUCGUUUCCGUGGCCACAAAAGAAGAACCCGAGAAACCUAAAGUAGAUACAGGCUAUGGAAAGGACAUUAAAGAUAUACCACAAUCUAUGCUACGUCUCGUCACGAAUCCUAUUUACAUUGUAACGUGUCUGGGUGCCUGUAUGGAACUAAUGAUUGUUUCCGGUUUUGUGGUAUUCUUGCCGAAAUAUUUGGAAACCCAAUUUAGUUUGGGCAAAAGUCAGGCUAGUGUUUUUACCGGAUCCAUUGCUAUACCGGGAGCCUGUAUUGGCAUCUUUGUUGGCGGCUGUAUACUUAAACGGUUUCAAUUGAAACCCAAGGGAGCGGUGACAUUUGUUCUCAUUUCGAAUGUCAUUUGUUUGUGUCUCUUUGCCAUGUUGUUCUUUUUGGGCUGUGACAAUUUGAAAAUGGCCGGCACUACCAUGCCGUAUUAUAAUAGUUCCAAACCGGGAUCGCUGGAACCAUUCCAAGUCAAUUUGACAGCAGCUUGUAAUUUUGGUUGCGAGUGUUUGACAAGUGAUGUGGAACCAGUGUGUGGAAAUAAUGGUCUCACCUAUUUCAGUCCCUGUCAUGCGGGAUGUACGGCUUUCUCGUCCAGCUCAAAUUAUACAAAUUGUGCAUGUGUUCAUGCUAAUAUCUCCAGUAGCAUUUAUUUGGGAGCCGGAGGUAGCCAGGCUCAAGCCCUUAAUGCCAAUGAAAAUUUCGCUGAAGUUACUGUAGUUCCUGUUGCCACUGCCGGUCCUUGUGCCAAUCCCUGCCGUAAUAUCUAUCCAUUCCUUAUAUUGCUCUUCUUCAUGACCUUCAUUGUGGCUGCCACUCAAAUGCCUCUACUCAUGAUUGUCCUACGUUCUGUGUCCGAAGAAGAGCGCUCAUUCGCUUUAGGCAUGCAAUUUGUUAUAUUCCGUCUAUUUGGUUAUAUACCAGCACCCAUACUUUUUGGUAACCUCAUCGAUUCCACCUGUUUGUUGUGGAAGUCAUCGUGUGGUCAGAAAGGUGGUCGUUGCUUAAUUUAUGACAUUGAAAAGUUUCGUUACAAAUAUGUGGGACUUUGUGCUUCAGUGAAAAUUAUAGCAUUGGCCAUAUUUAUGGUAGAUUGGUGGUUGGUUAGACGCCGUAAGCAAUUGGAUAAAAUGAAGCCAUUGAAUGCAAGCGAUCCUGUAAUAGGAUCCAUAAUAAGUUUAGACAAACUUUUUGAAGAAAAGCUGUCCGGUCAUGACAACAAUCCCAACUACGAUGAUGGUGAAUUGGCUUUGAAAUCGGAUAAUUAUCGUCAUUCUCGUAAUAAUUCUCGCACAGUUCAACUUGAAUAUGGCUAUGAUAAAUGCAACAAUGCCAUGAUGGCAAAUACCCAAGCAGUUCCUCAAACCAAAUCAAAGAAACAUUUCCGUAGUGCUUCGUGUGAUGUGAAAAUGAUACGUAGCUUUGCCAAGGAUCAUAAUACGAAUCCAGCCAUGGAUGUUUGUGAGACUUCGAAAUUCAAGAAUCUGAAAAAACUUCAUACACAUUCCCGCAACAAUUCAAGUGACCUUAAUACUGAAUUCCGACACAAAUUGGUGGCUCACUCCAAUUCCUGUUCCCGAGAUGAUCCCAAUUUCAGUAUACGCUUUAUACAAAAUCAACUGAAGCCCCAUGAAGAUGAAGAAGACGAAGAUGAGCUGACCACCGGUUGUGGUCAUUUCGUACGCAAACAUUCACGCAAUCAUUCAUACGAUCAGAUCUAUAUGCCCAAUAAUAUUCGUUUCGAUCCAGAAUUCUUCCGUGGUCAUAACAAUCACCACCACAAUAAUCAUCAUCUUCAUCACAACAACAACAAUAAGAAAAAUGUUAAUUUGCUCAAAAAUGUGGUGGAAAGUAAAUUGAAAAAUUCAAACGAGACUAACGAAUCCGGCUCACGCGGCCAUUCACGCAACAAUUCUAAGGACUUGAAUAUAAAGGUUUCACAAACAAAUACUAAUGCCGGUGCCAGCAAUAAUACCGGCCCCACUAGUACCGCUUUAAUAGCUGAAUCGGCUUUAAGUAUAUUAAGACAUCGCCGUACAAAUUCUAAAGACUUAAAUCACGUAGCUAACGCUAGUAGCACCAGUGAUCAUCCGAUAGCUACCGGUGUUGUAGCCGUUGGCUCGGGUGCCCUGAGUAACAAUAGCAACAAAAAACAUUCUCGCAACUCUUCUCAUCAGAAAAUCCAAAUAGAUGACGAUCGCAGUGGUCUGAUAGACAAUGACAACAACGAAAACGAUGACGACGAUGAUGAGGCAGUGGAGCAGCAACAAGAAAUUGUCAAUAUCUAAAGGAGACUUUAUUUAGUUUAGCUUUUUUUAUUAUUUUGUUUCUUUUUAUUUCAAAUGUGCAAUACAUUCCCUCUUAAUAAUUUGCUAAAGACAAAAGGAUUUACAUUUUGCUCUUUAUUCUUAUUUGGGAAGAGUGAUCAAAAAUUUAAAUUUAAUAGUAAUGAAUAGUGUUUAGAUUACUUUCUUAAACGAAUUGUGGAUUUUGGUGCGGAUAUUUUUGUUUUAAUUGAAUGAGUUUCUUGACUCUGUUUUUUGAAUCUCCGACUAAUAUUAUCAUGUUGGCAACAUGUUUUUACAGAACAGAAGAACUUUUAUUAACUGCAGAGCAGUUAGAAAAACUCAGAUAGUCCGAUUUCAAUGAAAUUAUACCACACAUACAUGUGUUCAGCAAUGUAUUCGCUUUUUGACAGGAAACCUUAAAAUAUGUUUUACUUUAAUAUUUAUUGCAUUGUUGUUGUUCUAUAGCUCAAUGAUCAAUUAUUGGAGUACAAAGUUCAAUGCAAUAUACAUAACUCAAAAAAACUACCCCUUUUAUUGGAAAUAAAAAAAAAUUCCAAUAAAAUUAUUCGAAUAAAAGUAUUCGCAUGAAAUUAUUCGAAUAAAACUAUUCGGAUAAAAUUAUUUGAUUAAAAUUAUUCGGAAGUUUCAUGAUUCAUGAAAAAUUUAUCAGCAUUCGUAUGAAAAUAUUCGAAUAAAUUUAAAUUAGAUAAUUUUAUUCCAACAAACUUAUCCGAAUAAUAUUCGCUUGAAAUUAUUCGAAUAAAACUUAAAUUAUGCGAAAAAAAAUUAUUCAUACUUCAUACAUUUUAAUUCAUAAUUUGUAAAUUAGGUUGAAACCUUGCUUGUUAAAAUAUCAAAUUUUUUUGACAUUUAUAUAAUAACUGUGUUAAAUAUCAUUGAAAUCUGAAAAGUCAAAUGCAUCUGUUUUCCACGUUCAGAUGGAUCCUAACUUGUACGAAUUUAAUUAUAUUUAACUUAGAGUUUUAAGUUUUUAUUCAAUUUUAGAUAAUUCAAUUUAUAGAUAAAUACACAUAGAUCGGAAACUCUCCUGUCAAAUACCUAAAUCAGUUGUCAAAAACCAAGUGAUGAGAAUGUAUUAGUAAAACAAAUAUGUUAAAAUAAAAACAACACUCGUAAGUGUGACGUUUUUGAGUAAUUUGUUUUCUAGUUUCCGCUAUGACUUUUACCAUAGAGAAACAUCCCAUCAGUUCUAGGAGACAGUACCGAACUAGUGAUUUUACCCAUCAUUGGGAGCUAGUUACUUCAAUAGCCACGUGACUAGUCAUUUUAACACGGGCAUGUCCUAGGCAGGGGGUCAAUUGUCUCUUUUUGAUUACAAUGGGACUGUCUAAUAGCUGGUCCAAAGUAGGCAACGCAUUGGCUUCACAUACUGGUUACAUAGCGUCAGUUGUCUUACUAGCUUUGUAACUGGUUACUUGAUCAGCUACUUGACUAGUUAUUUUAACACGUGCAUGUCCUAAGCAGGGGCUCAAUUGACCCUUUUGAUUACAAUGGGACUAUCUGAUAGCUGAUCGAAAAUAGUCAACGCUUCUGGUGGGUAAAAUAAAGUGCAGUACAAAAAAAAGUUUGAAGUGACUUCACCAUAGGUUACUAAGAGACACUAAAGUGACUAUUGACUUCAAGAUAUGUUACAUGUGAUAUCAGUAUACUUAAGCAAAAAUAAAAAUAAACUGUAUGAGAAUUAUAUCAACACAAUUUGUAAAAAACCAGUUUGUACGAAUUACUCACAAAACAUUUAAAGUGACUACACUCCAGAUUACUUAGAGACACUUAAGUGUCAAUUGUCUUCACGCUAGAUUACUUGGGAUGUAUAAAGUAACCAAUUGACUAUGAAGUGCACACACGUGUCAAAUGACCAAAUAUAUAAAAUGGUGUCAGCCAAGUGAUAAGAUAUUUGUGACAAUUACUGUUUUUAAGGGAUACAUUGACUACUUGAUUAACUGCUGGGAUAGUUGUUUUACUAAUACAUUCUCACCACUUAAGUUUUUGACAAUUGAGUUAGGUAUUUGACAGGAGAGUUUCCGAUCUAUGUGUAUUUAUCUUUACCGUAAUUGCUAACCGCAUUGGCCAUGAAAUUUAGAAAACAAAUGAAUUCAUUCAAAAUGUGUAGCGAUUCUAUGGAAAAUACAUUAAAAUAAAUAUGAAAAAUACAUAGAGUUCAAUAUUUUGAUUUUAAUCCUUUUUCUUCCAAUAUUUGAUCACUCUUCCAAUUGUUCAAUUGAUUUGUACUUAAUUUUAAAUGUUUCUUCCUUUUUGUUUAACAAAUUUUAUUUUGCAAUUUCUUUGGCUUAAACACCGACAUGGCGACAAAGUCAGCUCUACACAUUCAACUUGGAAUCCAUUCCAUUUCAGAAUGUGUAUGAGAGCGAGCGAGUGUUCCGUUCGCUCGCGUUAGAGGAGAAUGUGUAGUAAAAACAAUAAUUAUAAAAUAAUUAAUUCACAAUAAUUAAGUCUAGCAAUUAUUAGCAAUUAGUUGUAAUGAAGAAAUAUUAUUAAUAUGUAAUAAUAAGUAAUAUCUAAUACUUAUUAUAAAUAGUUUUAUUUUAUAGCUUUUAAGUAGAUGGAUACUGUCUGUAUGUGUGUGAUAUGAAUGAAACUGAAGCAAAUUAAAUUAAUCUCGUAAUACAAACAAAAAUUAAACCAUAAAUUCUUAAAUUUUACAUUAGAAAGAAAGUAAAUGAUAAAAAAAGCAAGAUUGAAAUUUCAUCAUACAACUAUUUAAAUAUUUAGAAAAUUCAACUUAAACAUAAUUUUACACCCAUUAUUUAUAUGAAAGAGUAAAUAAUUAAGAGAAACCUUAAAGAUAAUUCAAAUUGUACUACUAUUUAAAUAUUUACAUACAUCCCAUAAGUAGUAAAUAUUUAGUGAAUAAAUAUGUUUUAACAAAACUAUAAACAAAUAUACAAAAUAUAAAAUAUUGCAAUUUAAAAAAAAGCAAAAAACUCAAACAAACACAUUCAUUUCCAAUGUCAAUGUUAAAGGAAAUCUAGUAAGAGAAAUGGUACACAACUUGAUUUAAAAAAAAAACACAUUACAUUACAAAGAAAACGUUUUAAAUAGCAAAAAUUUUGGUUUUAGUUUAUAAAUUCAAAAGUUAUUGGAAAAUAAAACUAACUAAAUUACUGAAUUAACUAAAAGAAUUAAUAAAUAAUUAAAUGCAAACAUGAAUAAUUAAUAACAAUUGUCAAUGAAAUAAAGUGCUGUGAACAGAUAUCUGAGUAAAAUCAGUUUAACCAGUAGUAAAACAAAUAAUUACAUACAUAAAUAAAUAAUACCUACAUACAUAUAAUAAUUAAUUAAUAAUCUAAACAAAUAAAUAAAUAAACUGAUUUUAUUAAACAAAUGAAAACAUUUUAAAAGUAAGCAAACAAACAAAUAAUACAAUAAAAUACAAUUCAAUAUCAACCUGAUUUAUAACGAUGCAUGAUAUCUGAAUCAAUCGUUUGUAAAUGAUUAUUUUAUUAGUUUUGUCCAAAAUUAUUCAACAAAAAUCAAUUUUAAAAAGAAGGUUAUAAACAAAAUGUAUAAAAAAAAUUUUAAAUUUUUUUAAAUGAAAAGAGAAUUUAAAUUUUACACAAUAUGAAUAUUUUGUAAUUAGUUGAAAAUUAUGCCUUAAUUAAAACUAAUUUAUAUAAAUUAUUAUAAAAAAAAUAAAGUAUUUUAAGCAAAAUAUUAGCCAAAAAAA